AUGCCGCCAGGUAGGAAGCAGGCACAGCGCUCUAUCAGCAGGGCUGUGCUGCUAUUACCAGGAGUGGCGCUGCAGGAGGAGCACAAGGCGGAGCAGUCGGAGCAGAAGAGGGUGGUGUUGACAGCAACCACAGUGCAGGCGUGGCGUGGUGCUGCCAUUACCUGCGACGGUGCUGCUAUUACCAGAUGUGAUGUGGUGCUGCCAUUACCUGCGACGGUGCUGCUAUUACCAGAUGUGGUGCUGCCAUUACCUGCGACGGUGCUGCUAUUACCAGAUGUGGUGCUGCCAUUACCUGCGACGGUGCUGCUAUUACCAGAUGUGGUGCUGCCAUUACCUGCGACGGUGCUGCUAUUACCAGAUGUGGUGCUGCCAUUACCUGCGACGGUGCUGCUAUUACCAGAUGUGGUGCUGCCAUUACCUGCGACGGUGCUGCUAUUACCAGAUGUGGUGCUGCCAUUACCUGCGACGGUGCUGCUAUUACCAGAUGUGGUGCUGCCAUUACCUGCGACGGUGCUGCUAUUACCAGAUGUGGUGCUGCCAUUACCUGCGACGGUGCUGCUAUUACCAGAUGUGGUGCUGCCAUUACCUGCGACGGUGCUGCUAUUACCAGAUGUGGUGCUGCCAUUACCUGCGACGGUGCUGCUAUUACCAGAUGUGGUGCUGCCAUUACCUGCGACGGUGCUGCUAUUACCAGAUGUGGUGCUGCCAUUACCUGCGACGGUGCUGCUAUUACCAGAUGUGGUGCUGCCAUUACCUGCGACGGUGCUGCUAUUACCAGAUGUGGUGCUGCCAUUACCUGCGACGGUGCUGCUAUUACCAGAUGUGGUGCUGCCAUUACCUGCGACGGUGCUGCUAUUACCAGAUGUGGUGCUGCCAUUACCUGCGACGGUGCUGCUAUUACCAGAUGUGGUGCUGCCAUUACCUGCUACGGUUCUGCUAUUACCAGAUGUGGUGCUGCCAUUACCUGCGACGGUGCUGCUAUUACCAGAUGUGGUGCUGCCAUUACCUGCGACGGUGCUGCUAUUACCAGAUGUGGUGCUGCCAUUACCUGCGACGGUGCUGCUAUUACCAGAUGUGGUGCUGCCAUUACCUGCUACGGUGCUGCUAUUACCAGAUGUGGUGCUGCCAUUACCUGCUACGGUUCUGCUAUUACCAGAUGUGGUGCUGCCAUUACCUGCGACGGUGCUGCUAUUACCAGAUGUGGUGCUGCCAUUACCUGCUACGGUUCUGCUAUUACCAGAUGUGGUGCUGCCAUUACCUGCGACGGUGCUGCUAUUACCAGAUGUGGUGCUGCCAUUACCUGCGACGGUGCUGCUAUUACCAGAUGUGGUGCUGCCAUUACCUGCGACGGUGCUGCUAUUACCAGAUGUGGUGCUGCCAUUACCUGCGACGGUGCUGCUAUUACCAGAUGUGGUGCUGCCAUUACCUGCUACGGUGCUGCUAUUACCAGAUGUGGUGCUGCCAUUACCUGCGACGGUGCUGCUAUUACCAGAUGUGGUGCUGCCAUUACCUGCGACGGUGCUGCUAUUACCAGAUGUGGUGCUGCCAUUACCUGCGACGGUGCUGCUAUUACCAGAUGUGGUGCUGCCAUUACCUGCGACGGUGCUGCUAUUACCAGAUGUGGUGCUGCCAUUACCUGCGACGGUGCUGCUAUUACCAGAUGUGGUGCUGCCAUUACCUGCGACGGUGCUGCUAUUACCAGAUGUGGUGCUGCCAUUACCUGCGACGGUGCUGCUAUUACCAGAUGUGGUGCUGCCAUUACCUGCGACGGUGCUGCUAUUACCAGAUGUGGUGCUGCCAUUACCUGCGACGGUGCUGCUAUUACCAGAUGUGGUGCUGCCAUUACCUGCUACGGUUCUGCUAUUACCAGAUGUGGUGCUGCCAUUACCUGCUACGGUUCUGCUAUUACCAGAUGUGGUGCUGCCAUUACCUGCGACGGUGCUGCUAUUACCAGAUGUGGUGCUGCCAUUACCUGCGACGGUGCUGCUAUUACCAGAUGUGGUGCUGCCAUUACCUGCGACGGUGCUGCUAUUACCAGAUGUGGUGCUGCCAUUACCUGCGACGGUGCUGCUAUUACCAGAUGUGGUGCUGCCAUUACCUGCGACGGUGCUGCUAUUACCAGAUGUGGUGCUGCCAUUACCUGCGACGGUGCUGCUAUUACCAGAUGUGGUGCUGCCAUUACCUGCGACGGUGCUGCUAUUACCAGAUGUGGUGCUGCCAUUACCUGCGACGGUGCUGCUAUUACCAGAUGUGGUGCUGCCAUUACCUGCUACGGUUCUGCUAUUACCAGAUGUGGUGCUGCCAUUACCUGCUACGGUUCUGCUAUUACCAGAUGUGGUGCUGCCAUUACCUGCGACGGUGCUGCUAUUACCAGAUGUGGUGCUGCCAUUACCUGCGACGGUGCUGCUAUUACCAGAUGUGGUGCUGCCAUUACCUGCUACGGUGCUGCUAUUACCAGAUGUGGUGCUGCCAUCACCUGCUACGGUGCUGCUAUUACCAGAUGUGGUGCUGCCAUUACCUGCGACGGUGCUGCUAUUACCAGAUGUGGUGCUGCCAUUACCUGCGACGGUGCUGCUAUUACCAGAUGUGGUGCUGCCAUUACCUGCUACGGUGCUGCUAUUACCAGAUGUGGUGCUGCCAUUACCUGCUACGGUUCUGCUAUUACCAGAUGUGGUGCUGCCAUUACCUGCGACGGUGCUGCUAUUACCAGAUGUGGUGCUGCCAUUACCUGCUACGGUGCUGCUAUUACCAGAUGUGGUGCUGCCAUUACCUGCGACGGUGCUGCUAUUACCAGAUGUGGUGCUGCCAUUACCUGCGACGGUGCUGCUAUUACCAGAUGUGGUGCUGCCAUUACCUGCGACGGUGCUGCUAUUACCAGAUGUGGUGCUGCCAUUACCUGCGACGGUGCUGCUAUUACCAGAUGUGGUGCUGCCAUCACCUGCUACGGUGCUGCUAUUACCAGAUGUGGUGCUGCCAUCACCUGCUACGGUGCUGCUAUUACCAGAUGUGGUGCUGCCAUUACCUGCGACGGUGCUGCUAUUACCAGAUGUGGUGCUGCCAUCACCUGCUACGGUGCUGCUAUUACCAGAUGUGGUGCUGCCAUUACCUGCGACGGUGCUGCUAUUACCAGAUGUGGUGCUGCCAUUACCUGCGACGGUGCUGCUAUUACCAGAUGUGGUGCUGCCAUUACCUGCGACGGUGCUGCUAUUACCAGAUGUGGUGCUGCCAUUACCUGCUACGGUGCUGCUAUUACCAGAUGUGGUGCUGCCAUCACCUGCUACGGUGCUGCUAUUACCAGAUGUGGUGCUGCCAUCACCUGCUACGGUGCUGCUAUUACCAGAUGUGGUGCUGCCAUUACCUGCGACGGUGCUGCUAUUACCAGAUGUGGUGCUGCCAUCACCUGCUACGGUGCUGCUAUUACCAGAUGUGGUGCUGCCAUUACCUGCGACGGUGCUGCUAUUACCAGAUGUGGUGCUGCCAUUACCUGCGACGGUGCUGCUAUUACCAGAUGUGGUGCUGCCAUUACCUGCGACGGUGCUGCUAUUACCAGAUGUGGUGCUGCCAUUACCUGCGACGGUGCUGCUAUUACCAGAUGUGGUGCUGCCAUUACCUGCGACGGUGCUGCUAUUACCAGAUGUGGUGCUGCCAUUACCUGCUACGGUUCUGCUAUUACCAGAUGUGGUGCUGCCAUUACCUGCUACGGUUCUGCUAUUACCAGAUGUGGUGCUGCCAUUACCUGCGACGGUGCUGCUAUUACCAGAUGUGGUGCUGCCAUUACCUGCGACGGUGCUGCUAUUACCAGAUGUGGUGCUGCCAUUACCUGCUACGGUUCUGCUAUUACCAGAUGUGGUGCUGCCAUUACCUGCUACGGUUCUGCUAUUACCAGAUGUGGUGCUGCCAUUACCUGCGACGGUGCUGCUAUUACCAGAUGUGGUGCUGCCAUUACCUGCUACGGUGCUGCUAUUACCAGAUGUGGUGCUGCCAUUACCUGCGACGGUGCUGCUAUUACCAGAUGUGGUGCUGCCAUUACCUGCGACGGUGCUGCUAUUACCAGAUGUGGUGCUGCCAUUACCUGCGACGGUGCUGCUAUUACCAGAUGUGGUGCUGCCAUUACCUGCUACGGUGCUGCUAUUACCAGAUGUUGUGCUGCCAUUACCUGCUACGGUUCUGCUAUUACCAGAUGUGGUGCUGCCAUUACCUGCGACGGUGCUGCUAUUACCAGAUGUGGUGCUGCCAUUACCUGCGACGGUGCUGCUAUUACCAGAUGUGGUGCUGCCAUUACCUGCGACGGUGCUGCUAUUACCAGAUGUGGUGCUGCCAUUACCUGCGACGGUGCUGCUAUUACCAGAUGUGGUGCUGCCAUUACCUGCUACGGUGCUGCUAUUACCAGAUGUGGUGCUGCCAUUACCUGCUACGGUUCUGCUAUUACCAGAUGUGGUGCUGCCAUUACCUGCGACGGUGCUGCUAUUACCAGAUGUGGUGCUGCCAUUACCUGCUACGGUGCUGCUAUUACCAGAUGUGGUGCUGCCAUUACCUGCUACGGUUCUGCUAUUACCAGAUGUGGUGCUGCCAUUACCUGCGACGGUGCUGCUAUUACCAGAUGUGGUGCUGCCAUUACCUGCGACGGUGCUGCUAUUACCAGAUGUGGUGCUGCCAUUACCUGCGACGGUGCUGCUAUUACCAGAUGUGGUGCUGCCAUUACCUGCGACGGUGCUGCUAUUACCAGAUGUGGUGCUGCCAUUACCUGCUACGGUGCUGCUAUUACCAGAUGUGGUGCUGCCAUUACCUGCUACGGUUCUGCUAUUACCAGAUGUGGUGCUGCCAUUACCUGCGACGGUGCUGCUAUUACCAGAUGUGGUGCUGCCAUUACCUGCUACGGUUCUGCUAUUACCAGAUGUGGUGCUGCCAUUACCUGCGACGGUGCUGCUAUUACCAGAUGUGGUGCUGCCAUUACCUGCGACGGUGCUGCUAUUACCAGAUGUGGUGCUGCCAUUACCUGCGACGGUGCUGCUAUUACCAGAUGUGGUGCUGCCAUUACCUGCGACGGUGCUGCUAUUACCAGAUGUGGUGCUGCCAUUACCUGCGACGGUGCUGCUAUUACCAGAUGUGGUGCUGCCAUUACCUGCUACGGUGCUGCUAUUACCAGAUGUGGUGCUGCCAUUACCUGCGACGGUGCUGCUAUUACCAGAUGUGGUGCUGCCAUUACCUGCGACGGUGCUGCUAUUACCAGAUGUGGUGCUGCCAUUACCUGCGACGGUGCUGCUAUUACCAGAUGUGGUGCUGCCAUUACCUGCGACGGUGCUGCUAUUACCAGAUGUGGUGCUGCCAUUACCUGCUACGGUGCUGCUAUUACCAGAUGUGGUGCUGCCAUUACCUGCGACGGUGCUGCUAUUACCAGAUGUGGUGCUGCCAUUACCUGCGACGGUGCUGCUAUUACCAGAUGUGGUGCUGCCAUUACCUGCGACGGUGCUGCUAUUACCAGAUGUGGUGCUGCCAUUACCUGCUACGGUGCUGCUAUUACCAGAUGUGGUGCUGCCAUUACCUGCUACGGUGCUGCUAUUACCAGAUGUGGUGCUGCCAUUACCUGCGACGGUGCUGCUAUUACCAGAUGUGGUGCUGCCAUUACCUGCUACGGUUCUGCUAUUACCAGAUGUGGUGCUGCCAUUACCUGCGACGGUGCUGCUAUUACCAGAUGUGGUGCUGCCAUUACCUGCGACGGUGCUGCUAUUACCAGAUGUGGUGCUGCCAUUACCUGCGACGGUGCUGCUAUUACCAGAUGUGGUGCUGCCAUUACCUGCGACGGUGCUGCUAUUACCAGAUGUGGUGCUGCCAUUACCUGCGACGGUGCUGCUAUUACCAGAUGUGGUGCUGCCAUUACCUGCUACGGUGCUGCUAUUACCAGAUGUGGUGCUGCCAUUACCUGCUACGGUUCUGCUAUUACCAGAUGUGGUGCUGCCAUUACCUGCGACGGUGCUGCUAUUACCAGAUGUGGUGCUGCCAUUACCUGCGACGGUGCUGCUAUUACCAGAUGUGGUGCUGCCAUUACCUGCUACGGUGCUGCUAUUACCAGAUGUGGUGCUGCCAUUACCUGCUACGGUUCUGCUAUUACCAGAUGUGGUGCUGCCAUUACCUGCGACGGUGCUGCUAUUACCAGAUGUGGUGCUGCCAUUACCUGCUACGGUUCUGCUAUUACCAGAUGUGGUGCUGCCAUUACCUGCGACGGUGCUGCUAUUACCAGAUGUGGUGCUGCCAUUACCUGCGACGGUGCUGCUAUUACCAGAUGUGGUGCUGCCAUUACCUGCGACGGUGCUGCUAUUACCAGAUGUGAUGUGGUGCUGCCAUACCUGCUACGGUGCUGCUAUUACCAGAUGUGGUGCUGCCAUCACCUGCUACGGUGCUGCUAUUACCAGAUGUGGUGCUGCCAUUACCUGCGACGGUGCUGCUAUUACCAGAUGUGGUGCUGCCAUCACCUGCUACGGUGCUGCUAUUACCAGAUGUGAUGUGGUGCUGCCAUUACCUGCGACGGUGCUGCUAUUACCAGAUGUGGUGCUGCCAUUACCUGCGACGGUGCUGCUAUUACCAGAUGUGGUGCUGCCAUUACCUGCGACGGUGCUGCUAUUACCAGAUGUGGUGCUGCCAUUACCUGCGACGGUGCUGCUAUUACCAGAUGUGGUGCUGCCAUCACCUGCUACGGUGCUGCUAUUACCAGAUGUGGUGCUGCCAUCACCUGCUACGGUGCUGCUAUUACCAGAUGUGGUGCUGCCAUUACCUGCGACGGUGCUGCUAUUACCAGAUGUGGUGCUGCCAUUACCUGCGACGGUGCUGCUAUUACCAGAUGUGGUGCUGCCAUUACCUGCUACGGUGCUGCUAUUACCAGAUGUGGUGCUGCCAUUACCUGCUACGGUGCUGCUAUUACCAGAUGUGGUGCUGCCAUUACCUGCGACGGUGCUGCUAUUACCAGAUGUGGUGCUGCCAUUACCUGCGACGGUGCUGCUAUUACCAGAUGUGGUGCUGCCAUUACCUGCGACGGUGCUGCUAUUACCAGAUGUGGUGCUGCCAUUACCUGCGACGGUGCUGCUAUUACCAGAUGUGGUGCUGCCAUUACCUGCUACGGUGCUGCUAUUACCAGAUGUGGUGCUGCCAUUACCUGCGACGGUGCUGCUAUUACCAGAUGUGGUGCUGCCAUUACCUGCGACGGUGCUGCUAUUACCAGAUGUGGUGCUGCCAUUACCUGCGACGGUGCUGCUAUUACCAGAUGUGGUGCUGCCAUUACCUGCGACGGUGCUGCUAUUACCAGAUGUGGUGCUGCCAUUACCUGCGACGGUGCUGCUAUUACCAGAUGUGGUGCUGCCAUUACCUGCGACGGUGCUGCUAUUACCAGAUGUGGUGCUGCCAUUACCUGCGACGGUGCUGCUAUUACCAGAUGUGGUGCUGCCAUUACCUGCUACGGUGCUGCUAUUACCAGAUGUGGUGCUGCCAUUACCUGCUACGGUGCUGCUAUUACCAGAUGUGGUGCUGCCAUUACCUGCGACGGUGCUGCUAUUACCAGAUGUGGUGCUGCCAUUACCUGCGACGGUGCUGCUAUUACCAGAUGUGGUGCUGCCAUUACCUGCGACGGUGCUGCUAUUACCAGAUGUGGUGCUGCCAUUACCUGCUACGGUGCUGCUAUUACCAGAUGUGGUGCUGCCAUUACCUGCUACGGUGCUGCUAUUACCAGAUGUGGUGCUGCCAUUACCUGCGACGGUGCUGCUAUUACCAGAUGUGGUGCUGCCAUUACCUGCGACGGUGCUGCUAUUACCAGAUGUGGUGCUGCCAUUACCUGCGACGGUGCUGCUAUUACCAGAUGUGGUGCUGCCAUUACCUGCGACGGUGCUGCUAUUACCAGAUGUGGUGCUGCCAUUACCUGCUACGGUGCUGCUAUUACCAGAUGUGGUGCUGCCAUUACCUGCGACGGUGCUGCUAUUACCAGAUGUGGUGCUGCCAUUACCUGCUACGGUGCUGCUAUUACCAGAUGUGGUGCUGCCAUUACCUGCGACGGUGCUGCUAUUACCAGAUGUGGUGCUGCCAUUACCUGCGACGGUGCUGCUAUUACCAGAUGUGGUGCUGCCAUUACCUGCGACGGUGCUGCUAUUACCAGAUGUGGUGCUGCCAUUACCUGCGACGGUGCUGCUAUUACCAGAUGUGGUGCUGCCAUUACCUGCGACGGUGCUGCUAUUACCAGAUGUGGUGCUGCCAUUACCUGCGACGGUGCUGCUAUUACCAGAUGUGGUGCUGCCAUUACCUGCGACGGUGCUGCUAUUACCAGAUGUGGUGCUGCCAUUACCUGCGACGGUGCUGCUAUUACCAGAUGUGGUGCUGCCAUUACCUGCGACGGUGCUGCUAUUACCAGAUGUGGUGCUGCCAUUACCUGCGACGGUGCUGCUAUUACCAGAUGUGGUGCUGCCAUUACCUGCUACGGUGCUGCUAUUACCAGAUGUGGUGCUGCCAUUACCUGCGACGGUGCUGCUAUUACCAGAUGUGGUGCUGCCAUUACCUGCGACGGUGCUGCUAUUACCAGAUGUGGUGCUGCCAUUACCUGCUACGGUGCUGCUAUUACCAGAUGUGGUGCUGCCAUUACCUGCGACGGUGCUGCUAUUACCAGAUGUGGUGCUGCCAUUACCUGCGACGGUGCUGCUAUUACCAGAUGUGGUGCUGCCAUUACCUGCGACGGUGCUGCUAUUACCAGAUGUGGUGCUGCCAUUACCUGCGACGGUGCUGCUAUUACCAGAUGUGGUGCUGCCAUUACCUGCGACGGUGCUGCUAUUACCAGAUGUGGUGCUGCCAUUACCUGCUACGGUGCUGCUAUUACCAGAUGUGGUGCUGCCAUUACCUGCGACGGUGCUGCUAUUACCAGAUGUGGUGCUGCCAUUACCUGCGACGGUGCUGCUAUUACCAGAUGUGGUGCUGCCAUUACCUGCGACGGUGCUGCUAUUACCAGAUGUGGUGCUGCCAUUACCUGCGACGGUGCUGCUAUUACCAGAUGUGGUGCUGCCAUUACCUGCGACGGUGCUGCUAUUACCAGAUGUGGUGCUGCCAUUACCUGCGACGGUGCUGCUAUUACCAGAUGUGGUGCUGCCAUUACCUGCGACGGUGCUGCUAUUACCAGAUGUGGUGCUGCCAUUACCUGCGACGGUGCUGCUAUUACCAGAUGUGGUGCUGCCAUUACCUGCGACGGUGCUGCUAUUACCAGAUGUGGUGCUGCCAUUACCUGCGACGGUGCUGCUAUUACCAGAUGUGGUGCUGCCAUUACCUGCGACGGUGCUGCUAUUACCAGAUGUGAUGUGGUGCUGCCAUUACCUGCGACGGUCUGCUAUUACCAGAUGUGGUGCUGCCAUUACCUGCGACGGUGCUGCUAUUACCAGAUGUGGUGCUGCCAUUACCUGCGACGGUGCUGCUAUUACCAGAUGUGGUGCUGCCAUUACCUGCUACGGUGCUGCUAUUACCAGAUGUGGUGCUGCCAUUACCUGCGACGGUGCUGCUAUUACCAGAUGUGGUGCUGCCAUUACCUGCGACGGUGCUGCUAUUACCAGAUGUGGUGCUGCCAUUACCUGCUACGGUUCUGCUAUUACCAGAUGUGGUGCUGCCAUUACCUGCGACGGUGCUGCUAUUACCAGAUGUGGUGCUGCCAUUACCUGCGACGGUGCUGCUAUUACCAGAUGUGGUGCUGCCAUUACCUGCGACGGUGCUGCUAUUACCAGAUGUGGUGCUGCCAUUACCUGCGACGGUGCUGCUAUUACCAGAUGUGGUGCUGCCAUUACCUGCGACGGUGCUGCUAUUACCAGAUGUGGUGCUGCCAUUACCUGCUACGGUGCUGCUAUUACCAGAUGUGGUGCUGCCAUUACCUGCGACGGUGCUGCUAUUACCAGAUGUGGUGCUGCCAUUACCUGCGACGGUGCUGCUAUUACCAGAUGUGGUGCUGCCAUUACCUGCUACGGUGCUGCUAUUACCAGAUGUGGUGCUGCCAUUACCUGCGACGGUGCUGCUAUUACCAGAUGUGGUGCUGCCAUUACCUGCGACGGUGCUGCUAUUACCAGAUGUGGUGCUGCCAUUACCUGCGACGGUGCUGCUAUUACCAGAUGUGGUGCUGCCAUUACCUGCGACGGUGCUGCUAUUACCAGAUGUGGUGCUGCCAUUACCUGCGACGGUGCUGCUAUUACCAGAUGUGGUGCUGCCAUUACCUGCGACGGUGCUGCUAUUACCAGAUGUGGUGCUGCCAUUACCUGCGACGGUGCUGCUAUUACCAGAUGUGGUGCUGCCAUACCUGCUACGGUGCUGCUAUUACCAGAUGUGGUGCUGCCAUUACCUGCGACGGUGCUGCUAUUACCAGAUGUGGUGCUGCCAUUACCUGCGACGGUGCUGCUAUUACCAGAUGUGGUGCUGCCAUUACCUGCGACGGUGCUGCUAUUACCAGAUGUGGUGCUGCCAUUACCUGCUACGGUGCUGCUAUUACCAGAUGUGGUGCUGCCAUUACCUGCGACGGUGCUGCUAUUACCAGAUGUGGUGCUGCCAUUACCUGCGACGGUGCUGCUAUUACCAGAUGUGGUGCUGCCAUUACCUGCGACGGUGCUGCUAUUACCAGAUGUGGUGCUGCCAUUACCUGCGACGGUGCUGCUAUUACCAGAUGUGGUGCUGCCAUUACCUGCGACGGUGCUGCUAUUACCAGAUGUGGUGCUGCCAUUACCUGCGACGGUGCUGCUAUUACCAGAUGUGGUGCUGCCAUUACCUGCGACGGUGCUGCUAUUACCAGAUGUGGUGCUGCCAUUACCUGCGACGGUGCUGCUAUUACCAGAUGUGGUGCUGCCAUUACCUGCGACGGUGCUGCUAUUACCAGAUGUGGUGCUGCCAUUACCUGCGACGGUGCUGCUAUUACCAGAUGUGGUGCUGCCAUUACCUGCGACGGUGCUGCUAUUACCAGAUGUGGUGCUGCCAUUACCUGCGACGGUGCUGCUAUUACCAGAUGUGGUGCUGCCAUUACCUGCGACGGUGCUGCUAUUACCAGAUGUGGUGCUGCCAUUACCUGCGACGGUGCUGCUAUUACCAGAUGUGGUGCUGCCAUUACCUGCGACGGUGCUGCUAUUACCAGAUGUGGUGCUGCCAUUACCUGCGACGGUGCUGCUAUUACCAGAUGUGGUGCUGCCAUUACCUGCUACGGUGCUGCUAUUACCAGAUGUGGUGCUGCCAUUACCUGCGACGGUGCUGCUAUUACCAGAUGUGGUGCUGCCAUUACCUGCGACGGUGCUGCUAUUACCAGAUGUGGUGCUGCCAUUACCUGCGACGGUGCUGCUAUUACCAGAUGUGGUGCUGCCAUUACCUGCGACGGUGCUGCUAUUACCAGAUGUGGUGCUGCCAUUACCUGCGACGGUGCUGCUAUUACCAGAUGUGGUGCUGCCAUUACCUGCGACGGUGCUGCUAUUACCAGAUGUGGUGCUGCCAUUACCUGCGACGGUGCUGCUAUUACCAGAUGUGGUGCUGCCAUUACCUGCGACGGUGCUGCUAUUACCAGAUGUGGUGCUGCCAUUACCUGCUACGGUGCUGCUAUUACCAGAUGUGGUGCUGCCAUUACCUGCGACGGUGCUGCUAUUACCAGAUGUGGUGCUGCCAUUACCUGCGACGGUGCUGCUAUUACCAGAUGUGGUGCUGCCAUUACCUGCGACGGUGCUGCUAUUACCAGAUGUGGUGCUGCCAUUACCUGCGACGGUGCUGCUAUUACCAGAUGUGGUGCUGCCAUUACCUGCGACGGUGCUGCUAUUACCAGAUGUGGUGCUGCCAUUACCUGCGACGGUGCUGCUAUUACCAGAUGUGGUGCUGCCAUUACCUGCUACGGUGCUGCUAUUACCAGAUGUGGUGCUGCCAUUACCUGCGACGGUGCUGCUAUUACCAGAUGUGGUGCUGCCAUCACCUGCUACGGUGCUGCUAUUACCAGAUGUGGUGCUGCCAUUACCUGCGACGGUGCUGCUAUUACCAGAUGUGGUGCUGCCAUUACCUGCGACGGUGCUGCUAUUACCAGAUGUGGUGCUGCCAUUACCUGCGACGGUGCUGCUAUUACCAGAUGUGGUGCUGCCAUUACCUGCGACGGUGCUGCUAUUACCAGAUGUGGUGCUGCCAUUACCUGCGACGGUGCUGCUAUUACCAGAUGUGGUGCUGCCAUUACCUGCGACGGUGCUGCUAUUACCAGAUGUGGUGCUGCCAUUACCUGCGACGGUGCUGCUAUUACCAGAUGUGGUGCUGCCAUUACCUGCGACGGUGCUGCUAUUACCAGAUGUGGUGCUGCCAUUACCUGCGACGGUGCUGCUAUUACCAGAUGUGGUGCUGCCAUUACCUGCGACGGUGCUGCUAUUACCAGAUGUGGUGCUGCCAUUACCUGCGACGGUGCUGCUAUUACCAGAUGUGGUGCUGCCAUUACCUGCGACGGUGCUGCUAUUACCAGAUGUGGUGCUGCCAUUACCUGCGACGGUGCUGCUAUUACCAGAUGUGGUGCUGCCAUUACCUGCGACGGUGCUGCUAUUACCAGAUGUGGUGCUGCCAUUACCUGCGACGGUGCUGCUAUUACCAGAUGUGGUGCUGCCAUUACCUGCGACGGUGCUGCUAUUACCAGAUGUGGUGCUGCCAUUACCUGCGACGGUGCUGCUAUUACCAGAUGUGGUGCUGCCAUUACCUGCUACGGUGCUGCUAUUACCAGAUGUGGUGCUGCCAUUACCUGCGACGGUGCUGCUAUUACCAGAUGUGGUGCUGCCAUUACCUGCGACGGUGCUGCUAUUACCAGAUGUGGUGCUGCCAUUACCUGCGACGGUGCUGCUAUUACCAGAUGUGGUGCUGCCAUUACCUGCGACGGUGCUGCUAUUACCAGAUGUGGUGCUGCCAUUACCUGCGACGGUGCUGCUAUUACCAGAUGUGGUGCUGCCAUUACCUGCGACGGUGCUGCUAUUACCAGAUGUGGUGCUGCCAUUACCUGCGACGGUGCUGCUAUUACCAGAUGUGGUGCUGCCAUUACCUGCGACGGUGCUGCUAUUACCAGAUGUGGUGCUGCCAUUACCUGCGACGGUGCUGCUAUUACCAGAUGUGGUGCUGCCAUUACCUGCGACGGUGCUGCUAUUACCAGAUGUGGUGCUGCCAUUACCUGCGACGGUGCUGCUAUUACCAGAUGUGGUGCUGCCAUUACCUGCUACGGUUCUGCUAUUACCAGAUGUGGUGCUGCCAUUACCUGCGACGGUGCUGCUAUUACCAGAUGUGGUGCUGCCAUUACCUGCGACGGUGCUGCUAUUACCAGAUGUGGUGCUGCCAUUACCUGCGACGGUGCUGCUAUUACCAGAUGUGGUGCUGCCAUUACCUGCGACGGUGCUGCUAUUACCAGAUGUGGUGCUGCCAUUACCUGCGACGGUGCUGCUAUUACCAGAUGUGGUGCUGCCAUUACCUGCGACGGUGCUGCUAUUACCAGAUGUGGUGCUGCCAUUACCUGCGACGGUGCUGCUAUUACCAGAUGUGGUGCUGCCAUUACCUGCGACGGUGCUGCUAUUACCAGAUGUGGUGCUGCCAUUACCUGCGACGGUGCUGCUAUUACCAGAUGUGGUGCUGCCAUUACCUGCGACGGUGCUGCUAUUACCAGAUGUGGUGCUGCCAUUACCUGCGACGGUGCUGCUAUUACCAGAUGUGGUGCUGCCAUUACCUGCGACGGUGCUGCUAUUACCAGAUGUGGUGCUGCCAUUACCUGCGACGGUGCUGCUAUUACCAGAUGUGGUGCUGCCAUUACCUGCGACGGUGCUGCUAUUACCAGAUGUGGUGCUGCCAUUACCUGCGACGGUGCUGCUAUUACCAGAUGUGGUGCUGCCAUUACCUGCGACGGUGCUGCUAUUACCAGAUGUGGUGCUGCCAUCACCUGCUACGGUGCUGCUAUUACCAGAUGUGGUGCUGCCAUUACCUGCGACGGUGCUGCUAUUACCAGAUGUGGUGCUGCCAUUACCUGCGACGGUGCUGCUAUUACCAGAUGUGGUGCUGCCAUUACCUGCGACGGUGCUGCUAUUACCAGAUGUGGUGCUGCCAUUACCUGCGACGGUGCUGCUAUUACCAGAUGUGGUGCUGCCAUUACCUGCGACGGUGCUGCUAUUACCAGAUGUGGUGCUGCCAUUACCUGCGACGGUGCUGCUAUUACCAGAUGUGGUGCUGCCAUUACCUGCGACGGUGCUGCUAUUACCAGAUGUGGUGCUGCCAUUACCUGCGACGGUGCUGCUAUUACCAGAUGUGGUGCUGCCAUUACCUGCGACGGUGCUGCUAUUACCAGAUGUGGUGCUGCCAUUACCUGCGACGGUGCUGCUAUUACCAGAUGUGGUGCUGCCAUUACCUGCGACGGUGCUGCUAUUACCAGAUGUGGUGCUGCCAUUACCUGCGACGGUGCUGCUAUUACCAGAUGUGGUGCUGCCAUUACCUGCGACGGUGCUGCUAUUACCAGAUGUGGUGCUGCCAUUACCUGCGACGGUGCUGCUAUUACCAGAUGUGGUGCUGCCAUUACCUGCGACGGUGCUGCUAUUACCAGAUGUGGUGCUGCCAUUACCUGCGACGGUGCUGCUAUUACCAGAUGUGGUGCUGCCAUUACCUGCGACGGUGCUGCUAUUACCAGAUGUGGUGCUGCCAUUACCUGCGACGGUGCUGCUAUUACCAGAUGUGGUGCUGCCAUUACCUGCGACGGUGCUGCUAUUACCAGAUGUGGUGCUGCCAUUACCUGCGACGGUGCUGCUAUUACCAGAUGUGGUGCUGCCAUUACCUGCGACGGUGCUGCUAUUACCAGAUGUGGUGCUGCCAUUACCUGCGACGGUGCUGCUAUUACCAGAUGUGGUGCUGCCAUUACCUGCGACGGUGCUGCUAUUACCAGAUGUGGUGCUGCCAUUACCUGCGACGGUGCUGCUAUUACCAGAUGUGGUGCUGCCAUUACCUGCGACGGUGCUGCUAUUACCAGAUGUGGUGCUGCCAUUACCUGCGACGGUGCUGCUAUUACCAGAUGUGGUGCUGCCAUUACCUGCUACGGUGCUGCUAUUACCAGAUGUGGUGCUGCCAUUACCUGCUACGGUUCUGCUAUUACCAGAUGUGGUGCUGCCAUUACCUGCGACGGUGCUGCUAUUACCAGAUGUGGUGCUGCCAUUACCUGCGACGGUGCUGCUAUUACCAGAUGUGGUGCUGCCAUUACCUGCGACGGUGCUGCUAUUACCAGAUGUGGUGCUGCCAUUACCUGCGACGGUGCUGCUAUUACCAGAUGUGGUGCUGCCAUUACCUGCGACGGUGCUGCUAUUACCAGAUGUGGUGCUGCCAUUACCUGCGACGGUGCUGCUAUUACCAGAUGUGGUGCUGCCAUUACCUGCGACGGUGCUGCUAUUACCAGAUGUGGUGCUGCCAUUACCUGCGACGGUGCUGCUAUUACCAGAUGUGGUGCUGCCAUUACCUGCGACGGUGCUGCUAUUACCAGAUGUGGUGCUGCCAUUACCUGCGACGGUGCUGCUAUUACCAGAUGUGGUGCUGCCAUUACCUGCGACGGUGCUGCUAUUACCAGAUGUGGUGCUGCCAUUACCUGCGACGGUGCUGCUAUUACCAGAUGUGGUGCUGCCAUUACCUGCGACGGUGCUGCUAUUACCAGAUGUGGUGCUGCCAUUACCUGCGACGGUGCUGCUAUUACCAGAUGUGGUGCUGCCAUUACCUGCUACGGUUCUGCUAUUACCAGAUGUGGUGCUGCCAUUACCUGCGACGGUGCUGCUAUUACCAGAUGUGGUGCUGCCAUUACCUGCGACGGUGCUGCUAUUACCAGAUGUGGUGCUGCCAUUACCUGCGACGGUGCUGCUAUUACCAGAUGUGGUGCUGCCAUUACCUGCGACGGUGCUGCUAUUACCAGAUGUGGUGCUGCCAUUACCUGCGACGGUGCUGCUAUUACCAGAUGUGGUGCUGCCAUUACCUGCGACGGUGCUGCUAUUACCAGAUGUGGUGCUGCCAUUACCUGCGACGGUGCUGCUAUUACCAGAUGUGGUGCUGCCAUUACCUGCGACGGUGCUGCUAUUACCAGAUGUGGUGCUGCCAUUACCUGCGACGGUGCUGCUAUUACCAGAUGUGGUGCUGCCAUUACCUGCGACGGUGCUGCUAUUACCAGAUGUGGUGCUGCCAUUACCUGCGACGGUGCUGCUAUUACCAGAUGUGGUGCUGCCAUUACCUGCGACGGUGCUGCUAUUACCAGAUGUGGUGCUGCCAUUACCUGCGACGGUGCUGCUAUUACCAGAUGUGGUGCUGCCAUUACCUGCUACGGUUCUGCUAUUACCAGAUGUGGUGCUGCCAUUACCUGCGACGGUGCUGCUAUUACCAGAUGUGGUGCUGCCAUUACCUGCUACGGUUCUGCUAUUACCAGAUGUGGUGCUGCCAUUACCUGCGACGGUGCUGCUAUUACCAGAUGUGGUGCUGCCAUUACCUGCGACGGUGCUGCUAUUACCAGAUGUGGUGCUGCCAUUACCUGCGACGGUGCUGCUAUUACCAGAUGUGGUGCUGCCAUUACCUGCGACGGUGCUGCUAUUACCAGAUGUGGUGCUGCCAUUACCUGCGACGGUGCUGCUAUUACCAGAUGUGGUGCUGCCAUUACCUGCGACGGUGCUGCUAUUACCAGAUGUGGUGCUGCCAUUACCUGCGACGGUGCUGCUAUUACCAGAUGUGGUGCUGCCAUUACCUGCGACGGUGCUGCUAUUACCAGAUGUGGUGCUGCCAUUACCUGCGACGGUGCUGCUAUUACCAGAUGUGGUGCUGCCAUUACCUGCGACGGUGCUGCUAUUACCAGAUGUGGUGCUGCCAUUACCUGCGACGGUGCUGCUAUUACCAGAUGUGGUGCUGCCAUUACCUGCGACGGUGCUGCUAUUACCAGAUGUGGUGCUGCCAUUACCUGCUACGGUGCUGCUAUUACCAGAUGUGGUGCUGCCAUUACCUGCGACGGUGCUGCUAUUACCAGAUGUGGUGCUGCCAUUACCUGCUACGGUGCUGCUAUUACCAGAUGUGGUGCUGCCAUUACCUGCGACGGUGCUGCUAUUACCAGAUGUGGUGCUGCCAUUACCUGCGACGGUGCUGCUAUUACCAGAUGUGGUGCUGCCAUUACCUGCGACGGUGCUGCUAUUACCAGAUGUGGUGCUGCCAUUACCUGCGACGGUGCUGCUAUUACCAGAUGUGGUGCUGCCAUUACCUGCGACGGUGCUGCUAUUACCAGAUGUGGUGCUGCCAUUACCUGCGACGGUGCUGCUAUUACCAGAUGUGGUGCUGCCAUUACCUGCGACGGUGCUGCUAUUACCAGAUGUGGUGCUGCCAUUACCUGCGACGGUGCUGCUAUUACCAGAUGUGGUGCUGCCAUUACCUGCGACGGUGCUGCUAUUACCAGAUGUGGUGCUGCCAUUACCUGCGACGGUGCUGCUAUUACCAGAUGUGGUGCUGCCAUUACCUGCGACGGUGCUGCUAUUACCAGAUGUGGUGCUGCCAUUACCUGCGACGGUGCUGCUAUUACCAGAUGUGGUGCUGCCAUUACCUGCGACGGUGCUGCUAUUACCAGAUGUGGUGCUGCCAUUACCUGCGACGGUGCUGCUAUUACCAGAUGUGGUGCUGCCAUUACCUGCUACGGUGCUGCUAUUACCAGAUGUGGUGCUGCCAUUACCUGCGACGGUGCUGCUAUUACCAGAUGUGGUGCUGCCAUUACCUGCGACGGUGCUGCUAUUACCAGAUGUGGUGCUGCCAUUACCUGCGACGGUGCUGCUAUUACCAGAUGUGGUGCUGCCAUUACCUGCGACGGUGCUGCUAUUACCAGAUGUGGUGCUGCCAUUACCUGCGACGGUGCUGCUAUUACCAGAUGUGGUGCUGCCAUUACCUGCUACGGUUCUGCUAUUACCAGAUGUGGUGCUGCCAUUACCUGCGACGGUGCUGCUAUUACCAGAUGUGGUGCUGCCAUUACCUGCGACGGUGCUGCUAUUACCAGAUGUGGUGCUGCCAUUACCUGCUACGGUGCUGCUAUUACCAGAUGUGGUGCUGCCAUUACCUGCUACGGUUCUGCUAUUACCAGAUGUGGUGCUGCCAUUACCUGCUACGGUGCUGCUAUUACCAGAUGUGGUGCUGCCAUCACCUGCUACGGUGCUGCUAUUACCAGAUGUGGUGCUGCCAUUACCUGCGACGGUGCUGCUAUUACCAGAUGUGGUGCUGCCAUUACCUGCGACGGUGCUGCUAUUACCAGAUGUGGUGCUGCCAUUACCUGCGACGGUGCUGCUAUUACCAGAUGUGGUGCUGCCAUUACCUGCGACGGUGCUGCUAUUACCAGAUGUGGUGCUGCCAUUACCUGCGACGGUGCUGCUAUUACCAGAUGUGGUGCUGCCAUUACCUGCGACGGUGCUGCUAUUACCAGAUGUGGUGCUGCCAUUACCUGCGACGGUGCUGCUAUUACCAGAUGUGGUGCUGCCAUUACCUGCGACGGUGCUGCUAUUACCAGAUGUGGUGCUGCCAUUACCUGCGACGGUGCUGCUAUUACCAGAUGUGGUGCUGCCAUUACCUGCUACGGUUCUGCUAUUACCAGAUGUGGUGCUGCCAUUACCUGCGACGGUGCUGCUAUUACCAGAUGUGGUGCUGCCAUUACCUGCUACGGUUCUGCUAUUACCAGAUGUGGUGCUGCCAUUACCUGCGACGGUGCUGCUAUUACCAGAUGUGGUGCUGCCAUUACCUGCGACGGUGCUGCUAUUACCAGAUGUGGUGCUGCCAUUACCUGCGACGGUGCUGCUAUUACCAGAUGUGGUGCUGCCAUUACCUGCUACGGUGCUGCUAUUACCAGAUGUGGUGCUGCCAUUACCUGCGACGGUGCUGCUAUUACCAGAUGUGGUGCUGCCAUUACCUGCGACGGUGCUGCUAUUACCAGAUGUGGUGCUGCCAUUACCUGCGACGGUGCUGCUAUUACCAGAUGUGGUGCUGCCAUUACCUGCGACGGUGCUGCUAUUACCAGAUGUGGUGCUGCCAUUACCUGCUACGGUUCUGCUAUUACCAGAUGUGGUGCUGCCAUUACCUGCUACGGUUCUGCUAUUACCAGAUGUGGUGCUGCCAUUACCUGCGACGGUGCUGCUAUUACCAGAUGUGGUGCUGCCAUUACCUGCGACGGUGCUGCUAUUACCAGAUGUGGUGCUGCCAUUACCUGCGACGGUGCUGCUAUUACCAGAUGUGGUGCUGCCAUUACCUGCGACGGUGCUGCUAUUACCAGAUGUGGUGCUGCCAUUACCUGCGACGGUGCUGCUAUUACCAGAUGUGGUGCUGCCAUUACCUGCGACGGUGCUGCUAUUACCAGAUGUGGUGCUGCCAUUACCUGCGACGGUGCUGCUAUUACCAGAUGUGGUGCUGCCAUUACCUGCGACGGUGCUGCUAUUACCAGAUGUGGUGCUGCCAUUACCUGCUACGGUUCUGCUAUUACCAGAUGUGGUGCUGCCAUUACCUGCUACGGUUCUGCUAUUACCAGAUGUGGUGCUGCCAUUACCUGCGACGGUGCUGCUAUUACCAGAUGUGGUGCUGCCAUUACCUGCGACGGUGCUGCUAUUACCAGAUGUGGUGCUGCCAUUACCUGCUACGGUGCUGCUAUUACCAGAUGUGGUGCUGCCAUUACCUGCUACGGUUCUGCUAUUACCAGAUGUGGUGCUGCCAUUACCUGCGACGGUGCUGCUAUUACCAGAUGUGGUGCUGCCAUUACCUGCUACGGUUCUGCUAUUACCAGAUGUGGUGCUGCCAUUACCUGCGACGGUGCUGCUAUUACCAGAUGUGGUGCUGCCAUUACCUGCGACGGUGCUGCUAUUACCAGAUGUGGUGCUGCCAUUACCUGCGACGGUGCUGCUAUUACCAGAUGUGGUGCUGCCAUUACCUGCGACGGUGCUGCUAUUACCAGAUGUGGUGCUGCCAUUACCUGCGACGGUGCUGCUAUUACCAGAUGUGGUGCUGCCAUCACCUGCUACGGUGCUGCUAUUACCAGAUGUGGUGCUGCCAUCACCUGCUACGGUGCUGCUAUUACCAGAUGUGGUGCUGCCAUUACCUGCGACGGUGCUGCUAUUACCAGAUGUGGUGCUGCCAUUACCUGCGACGGUGCUGCUAUUACCAGAUGUGGUGCUGCCAUUACCUGCGACGGUGCUGCUAUUACCAGAUGUGGUGCUGCCAUUACCUGCGACGGUGCUGCUAUUACCAGAUGUGGUGCUGCCAUUACCUGCGACGGUGCUGCUAUUACCAGAUGUGGUGCUGCCAUUACCUGCGACGGUGCUGCUAUUACCAGAUGUGGUGCUGCCAUUACCUGCGACGGUGCUGCUAUUACCAGAUGUGGUGCUGCCAUUACCUGCGACGGUGCUGCUAUUACCAGAUGUGGUGCUGCCAUUACCUGCGACGGUGCUGCUAUUACCAGAUGUGGUGCUGCCAUUACCUGCGACGGUGCUGCUAUUACCAGAUGUGGUGCUGCCAUUACCUGCGACGGUGCUGCUAUUACCAGAUGUGGUGCUGCCAUUACCUGCGACGGUGCUGCUAUUACCAGAUGUGGUGCUGCCAUUACCUGCGACGGUGCUGCUAUUACCAGAUGUGGUGCUGCCAUCACCUGCUACGGUGCUGCUAUUACCAGAUGUGGUGCUGCCAUCACCUGCUACGGUGCUGCUAUUACCAGAUGUGGUGCUGCCAUUACCUGCGACGGUGCUGCUAUUACCAGAUGUGGUGCUGCCAUUCACCUGCUACGGUGCUGCUAUUACCAGAUGUG